ACUGGACCGGAUACUGUGGUGCUCUACUUGGAGGAUUUAGCAAUUUCAAUUACUUAAUUUUUGAACAUAGCACAUAUUUUCAUGGCUGUCACUUUUUCCGUCGGUGCAGUGGAUGUCAGACCGCGAGGCUAAUUACGAAGGUGUCUUGGAGGCUUGAUGCUGUCCAUUCCUGUCCUGCCCCGUGCCAAGUGUCAGCAUGGAGGAAGAAACCCUUGAGGCGGCCAUCAGUGCCUAUGGUGCCCAGCUGCAGCAGGUGGAGUCAGUCCUGUCAGCUGGCCUGGAUCCUUCCCAGCAGUCGGACCUGCUCAAACUGAAAGACGACCUUUGUCAGCUGAUAGAGCUCACAGAGUCCAGCCUGGUGUCUGUCAAAAAGAGUCGGCUUCUGGCCAGCCUCGAGAACGGUGAUGGACUGCAGGCGUACAUCUCAGAGGCAGCAGCUGGUGCGAACGGUGCGAACGGCGGAUUGGACGGUGAGAUGGCUGCUUUCUACUCUAAACUCGGGGAGUCAUCAGGUAGUAGCUCUGAUCCUAGAGAUAGAGACAAUGGGGAGGAAGGUGGGGUAGAGUAUGAUGAAGAGGAGGAAGAAGAGGCAGAAGAAGAAGAUGCACUCAGUGGUACCAAAGUAAGAGCGCCCUACCGGACAACAUGGGGGACACUGGAGUAUCACAAUGCCAUGGUGAUGGGGGCAGAACCGUCGGCUGGAGAGGAGGCACAAGUAAGAGUGCUGUACGUCUACCCCACCCAGAAGUCUAUGAAGCCCUGUCCUUACUACCUCGAGGACAAAUGCCGCUUCCUGGAGAAUUGCAGGUUUUCCCACGGCGAGGCGGUGUAUGUGUCGGAGCUCAGAGAGUUCCUCGAGUUUGACCUCAGUAAUCUUGAAGAAGGCUCUUCCUGCUUGGCUCGACACGAGGACGGCAUCUGGUACCCCGCCAAAAUCAAAGACAUUGAUAGUGGUUUCUACACUGUGAAGUUUGACUCAGUGCUGCUGAAAGAUGUUGCGCUCGAGGCCGACUGCAUUAUCCCGCCUUUGAGAGAAGACGACCCGCUCUCCUCUGACUCUGACGACACUGGAGAUGGACUUGAUAUGGCUUUUGCAAAAGUUAUGGACACUGCUGUAGAAUCCACAGACACGGAGAACAGUGCAAACUUUGGUGGCUGGGAGGCACAUACCAGAGGCAUUGGAUCCAAGCUUAUGCUCAAAAUGGGCUAUGAAUAUGGGAAAGGCUUGGGAAAGAUGCAGGAGGGUCGAGUAGAGCCAGUCAUGGCCGUGGUUCUACCCAAACGCAGGUCUCUGGACCAGUGUGCCGAGCUCACCCAGAGACGCACCCAGAGCAAGGUCGCCCAAGACGGCACGCCGACGGGCCGCCCAAAGAGACGCAGGAAGCCCCGGGCCGCCACCGGAGGGCGCCGUACCGUCUUUGACUUUCUCAACCAGAAGCUGGAAGGCAAGAGCACCGGUCCCGCCGAGGAGGGCGCUGCUGCUGCUGCUGCGGCGGCGGCGGCCGCAGCGGCGACAGGGGUGGAGGCUUACAGGGGGGGCAAGAGCACCAAGAGGACUCUGAAUGUGAAAGUGUUCCAGGCUGCUGAGAGGGUGUCCCAGACCGAGAGGGAGAUCCAGAAACUGACUGAGUCACUCAGCAGACAGACGGGCAGCUCCAGAGUGAAGCAGCUGGAGGAGAAGCUGUCAGCGGCCCGCCGGCUGCUGGCCCAGCAGAAAACCCAGGAGCUGUCCGUCCAGGGAGAGCACCGGAAGGCCGACACGCACAAGAAGAUGACUGAGUUUUAAGAUCAGUUCUCUCGAAAGACUCUGAAGAUAAAGGGAAGCACUGCCUGACUGAAAUGAACCUUUGUCCGUUGCCUGUUGUCAGUUUUUUGCUAUAUAUCUUUUAGCAUUAUCUUUCACCGGCAUCAUGGAUUCGACUCGGCUGCGAUGCCCUUUUCAUGCAGAAUGCAGCAUUUCUGCUUCUCAUUAUAAUUUCCGAGGACUGAGCAGUUUUAUUUUGUGCGAACAGUUGUUGGCUUCCUAAUUGAACCCUUCACAAUAAUGUUCCAAACUCAAUUUUAUUGUGAUGAACAUUUUGUGUAUUUUUCUUCAUCCACACUAAAACACUGUGUUUGCAGAA